AUGUCGUCGGAAAAACACGGUCUCGAUGACUCUGGCCGUCAGACCAUGCAGCCUCCUCCGUACCUCUCUGGCCCGCAAGACCCAAACGUACCCCAGCACCCCAACAUGCAGCCAGCACCAGGCAACCAGCCUAACUACCCUCCUCCGCCUCCUCCUCCGGGCUCAGACGGAUACCUCCAAGAAACCCAGUUCCACUGCGGCCCGCUGGGUCCACAGGGGGCCCCGCAGGGCUACACGGUCCAGACCCAGGGCCCCGGAGGCACCAUGCCUCACGCCCCUGUAGGAUACCUCCACGCGGGCUACCCGCUUCAGCUGCAGCCCUGCACCGCUUAUGUACCUGUCUACCCCAUGGCAUCGGGACAACCCUACAUGCCGGCCGGUGGAGGCCACCCAGGGAUCCCCCCGGGCCAGAUUCAUCCCAUGCAAAUGCCACCCAGCAUCACCUUGAUGGACCGUCGACCGCCACACGACUACCUGCCCAUCGCCGUGCUCACCACCGUCUGCUGCUUCUGGCCAACAGGCAUCAUUGCGAUCAUCAAAGCAGUGCAGGUGCGCACGGCCAUAGCCAGAGGGGACAUGGUGACUGCGGAGAUAGCCUCCCGCGAGGCGCGCAACUUCUCCUUCAUCAGCCUGGCUGUUGGCAUCGCCUCUAUUGUGCUGUGCACCAUCCUCACCGUGGUGGUCAUCAUCGCCUCGCAGCACCACGACGACGACUGGGAGCCGUAACUGCAGAUGGGAAAA